AUGGAAUCACUAUCAACAUCUCUUUAUAUAACACUGUACAUCUUCUUCUCAUUGCUUUCAGCUGUUACAGUAUUUUUGAAUCUACUGGUGAUCAUCUCUAUCUCUCACUUCAAGCAGCUCCACACUCCAACCGACCUGCUCAUCCUCUCUCUGGCUGUGUCAGAUCUCCUGGUGGGACUCAUUGUGAUACCAGCAAUGACUGUAGCAAUACUGGAACCAUGCUGGGUUCUUGGGGAAUAUUUCUGUGCAUUGCUUCUCUACAUCACAUUUUUAUCUGAAUCUUCAUCUCUUGGCAACUUGGUCUUGAUAUCUAUUGACCGUUAUGUUGCUGUGUGUGAUCCCUUAAUGUACCACCUGAAAAUAACAUUUUCAAGGACUGUCUGUUGUAUAUUAAUUAAUUGGUGGUGUUCUGUCAUUUAUGAUGCUUUUCUUAUAAAGAUAUAUGUAAAUGUACAGGUAGCAAGUAAAUGUUUUGAAGAGUGUUAUAUACUUGACACAGUUUUCUGGGCUAACAUGAUGGACCUUGUAAUUUCAAUGAUUGUUCCAUGUUCUAUUAUUAUAACACUUUAUUUGAAAAUAUUUGUAGUAGCCAGAUCACAGGCCAGACAGAUUUCUUCAAAAGGGGCUGUCACUGUAUCUGGUGUUAAAACUGUACAGGCAAAUAAGUCUGACAGAAAAGCAGCAAAGACUUUAGGUAUUGUUAUUUUCAACUAUCUACUUUUUUGGAAUCCAUUUAUUUAUAUAUUAUUUAUUUUUUCAAGUUCAAAUGUGGCAUCCUUCAUCGCCAGCAUCCUGCCACUUUUGAGUUCCUUCAUUAAUCCAAUCAUUUAUGUUUUCUUUUAUCCAUGGUUCAAGGUGACAGCUAAACAUAUUUUCUGUCUCACGUUGAGGGUUUUAUAG